AAAAAGGGGGGAGCAGACUGUAACGCAGAAGCGGCCGUGGCUCACACCAGGCUUUGUGAAAUGAGCAUCAGACGUGAGCCCUUUUCGGAUUCACAGGGGAAGAGUGCUGCUGCCUCUGCUGCUGAAGGAGAAGAAGAAGAGGAGGAGGAGGAGUGGUCAGGGAUCAUUAGAAUGCACUUCUGAGAAAGAUCGACUGCGCCCUGAACGCAGCGCAGCGCGGACACCACGCAGCAGAGCCUGGGAAGUGCGCACAAAUCGGCCAAGUUGUGUCGAUGAUCCGCGUCUGAUCCGAGGACUGCGGACCGGGCCGAGGCAACACUGCACCGGGGCCAACUGAGGCAACGAUCCCCUCCCCGAGGAUUGCACGACCCACUAUCCCGCAACAUGUCAUCUCAGGCGAAAGUCAAGAAGGACAAAGAGAUUAUUGGCGAAUAUGAGACCCAAGUGAAAGAGAUCCGUAACCAGCUGGUGGAGCAGUUCCGCUGUCUGGAGCAGCAGUCCGAGUCCCGGCUGCAGCUGCUGCAGGACCUGCAGGAGUUCUUCCGUCGAAAAGCAGAGCUCCAGCUCGAGUACUCCAGGGGCCUGGACAAGCUAGCCGAGCGCUUCUCCGCCAAGAUCCGCACCUCCAGAGAGCACCAGCACUUCAAAAAGGACCAGAAUCUGCUGUCCACCGUGAAUUGCUGGUAUUUGGUCUUGGACCAGACCAGGCGGGAGAGCAGAGACCACGCCAUGCUCAGCGACAUCUACAACAACAACGUCAUUGUCCGCCUGGCACACGUGGGCGAGGAUGUCAUCAGACUUUUCAAAAAGAGUAAAGACAUCGGGGUGCAAAUGCACGAGGAGUUGGUGAAAGUCACCAACGAGCUCUACACGGUGAUGAAGACGUACCACAUGUACCACACCGAGAGUCUCAGUGCUGAGAGCAAGCUGAAGGAGGCAGAAAAACAGGAGGAGAAACACAGCGGCAAGUCCAACGACAUAAGCUCCAGCCUCCUGCGUUACGGUCACGAUGAGCGUCCGCAGCGCCGGAGCUCUGUGAAGAAGAUGGAGAAAAUGAAGGAGAAGAGACAAGCCAAGUACUCUGAAAACAAGCUGAAAUGCACAAAGGCCCGCAACGACUUUCUUCUCAAUCUGGCGGCCACCAACGCCCUGGUAGCCAAAUACUACAUCCACGAUGUCUCAGAUAUGAUAGACUGUUGUGACUUAGGUUACCAUGCAAGCCUGGCGCGCUCCAUGAGAACCUACCUGUCCGCAGAGUACAGUCUGGAGACUUCUCGCCAUGAGGGUUUGGAUUUACUGGAGGGAGCGGUAGAUGCGAUGGACCUCAGAGGAGACAAGCUGAAGUUCAUGGACGCACACAGUCAGAUUUUCUGUCCUCCCGCACGCUUUGACUAUCAGCCGCACAUGGGCGAUGAGGUGUGUCAGGUGAGCGCACAGCAGCCGGUCCAGACUGAGCUUUUGAUGCGCCACCACCAGCUGCAGUCUCGCCUGGCCACGCUGAAGAUAGAAAAUGAAGAGGUGAGGAAGACGCUUGAUGCCACGAUGCAGACGCUUCAGGACAUGCUCACCGUGGAGGACUUCGACGUGUCAGAAGCCUUCCAGCACAGCCAGUCCACAGAGUCGGUCAAAUCGGCCUCGUCUGACUCCUACAUGAGCAAGGCCAACAUCGCCAAGAGACGAGCCAAUCACCAAGAGACCGAGGGCUUCUACUUCACUAAAUACAAGGAGUACUUGAAUGGCAGCAAUCUCAUAGUCAAGCUGCAGGCCAAGCAUGACCUUCUGAAGCAGACACUCGGAGAAGGGGAGAGGGCAGAAUAUGGAACAACAAGGCCCCCCACUCUUCCCCCUAAACCCCAGAGAAUGCGGAAGUCUAGACCUCGCUCCCAUGUUAACCAUAAGCUGUUUAACGGCAAUAUGGAGGCCUUCAUUCAGGACUCAGGGCAGACUAUUCCAGUGGUGGUUGAGAGCUGCGUUCGAUACAUCAACCUGUACGGUCUUCAGCAGCAAGGUAUAUUUCGUGUUCCCGGCUCCCAGAUCGAAGUCAACGACAUUAAAAAUGCAUUUGAAAGAGGAGAGGAUCCAUUGGAGGAUGAUCAGAGUGAUCAUGACAUCAACUCUGUGGCAGGCGUUCUGAAGCUCUACUUCAGGGGGCUGGAAAACUCACUGUUCCCUCAAGAGCGUUUCCUCGAUCUUAUAUCUACAACCAAGCUCGACCCGGGUGCAGAGAGAGCUCAUCACCUUCAGCAGAUAGUUGUGACUCUUCAGCGGCCUGUGAUCAUUGUCAUGAGAUACCUGUUUGCAUUUCUAAACCAUGUUUCCCAGUACAGUGACGAGAACAUGAUGGACCCCUACAACCUGGCCAUCUGCUUUGGCCCCACGUUGAUGCCCAUCCCAGACGACCAGGACCCCGUGUCCUGCCAAGCGCAUGUCAACGAGGUCAUUAAGACGGUUAUCAUCCACCAUGAGGUCAUUUACCCAAGCCUACGAGAAUUGGAGGGACCUGUGUAUGAGAAGUGCAUGGCUGGAGGGGAAGAGUACUGUGAAAGCCCCCACAGUGAGCCCGGAGCUCUUGACGAGGUAGACAAUGGUACUGGUCCAAACACUAGUGAUGAAGAGGCGGAGCAGAUCGAGGCCAUAGCAAAGUUCGACUAUGUGGGCCGGACUCCUCGAGAGCUUUCUUUCAAGAAGGGAGCGUCUCUGCUGCUCUACCUGCGAGCCUCUGAGGACUGGUGGGAGGGCCGCCAUAACGGCGUGGAUGGGCUGAUCCCACAUCAGUACAUCGUGGUGCAAGACAUGGAUGAUGCAUUCUCAGACAGCCUUCAGAGGGCCGACAGCGAGGCCAGCAGCGGAUCCCAGCGUGACGGUGACCGAGCCUCAUCCCGAGGCGAUCGUCAGUCUCCCUGUGAACACACACCGGAGCACCGCUUCGGAGCAGCUUUGGGAAGAGUGAGAGUGCGAUCAGAUGGAGCUGCAGUUCCACGCCACAGGAGCACUGCCGACAGUCACAGCCCCCCCAGAGCGGCCGACCAGCCCCCUCGGGUGAUGCCUCGGCCCUGCAGCCCACGCAAAAUGGCUGUCAGCAGGGGCCUGACGGACAGCCCAGAGAAACGGCGCCUCGCCACGUUUGGCAGUGCGGGCUGCAUCAACCAUCCCGACAGGAAGGCCUUCAUCGACAGCCACUCCCAACGCUCCUCGCCCAGCACCGCUCGCCAUGCGAGUUUGGGAGACCACAAAGCUCUCGAAGCUGAAGCGCUCGCUGAGGACAUAGAGAAAACGAUGAAUACGGCUCUCCACGAGUUGCGGGAGCUGGAGAGACAGAAUGUAGCCAAACAGGCGCCCGAUGUAGUUCUGGACACUCUUGAACCUCUCAAACACUCCAGCGGGGUCCAGGAUCUGCCAAGCAGCCCCUUGCACACCAUGGUGAUCCGGGACCCAGAUGCCGUCCAGCGACGUAGCAGCAGCAGCUCCUCCUCCGAGACCAUGACCACUUUUAAACCGGCUCUGUCGGUGCGCAGGCCGAGCGCACCUCUACGGCCCCCGCCUGUCAGACCUGUCCGACCUGCUCCAGUGAUCGGACAGGGGCAGGGACCACACCGCUCCAGCAGCUCUAGCUCCUCUGGUCUGGGCAGCCCAGGCAUCACCCCCACUGACAGGGUCUUCCCCAAAGCUCCCUCCCCGUCGCCAUCCACCUCCUCCUCCUCCUCAGACAAACAAGGUAACGUGUAGCUCUGUCACAAGUCAAGUGGAUGAAGAACACUGUGACUACUGAGUGCUUGUGAUUACCACCACACCCCUGCACCUCUUUUCGAGAGCAAAACGAACUUUGACACCCAGUGUGUAUCAUGAAUAUUACCACUAUCCUUGUAUAUCGUAGGAGGACCACUGCUGGUUUCUGCCCACACAUCUACCAGCUGGUGGACAAGUCGAUGUACUCUUUGACAAAAAUAUAUUCCACAGAAACAGGAUUUAAAUAUACUAGAAUUACUUCAUAGAAUGGUACCGUGCUGAAUAGCCAUGCUGGAUUAAAAAAAAAGAAGAAAAAGGGAUGCACUGGAAAAAUACGUAUGUUAAUUGAAUUCUGACAAUGGAACGUCUCAUUGAAAUGUUAUUAGAUUACAACGUUAUUAUGAGCCUGGACUCUGUGUCUGGUGUUCUGUUCCAUUAUGAGGGAACACUUAAGGGAAUACUUCACCACAUCCUGUAGACGUCCACUCUGCGCUGGUGGUUUGUGUAUUCUGUCAUAAUGAGGAAGUUUCCUCAAAGAGCUGGUCCCACAGUCUCACUCAGACCAGAUCUGAACGGUGGACUCAACCAUAAGCAAAUGCAGUUCUUGUAAUGGCCACUAGAUGCUGACUCUUCAUGCUGGUGUGCUUGUGUGGUAAUUUACAGUAUAAGUUUACAUGCAUAUAGAAGAAAACUGUGUCACACAGGAACUGAGACUGAAAAGCUGAAGGCAACACGGGAAUGGUAUCCGUUUUCUCUUCAUGGUGAGGAAUUAUGUUUCUAAAACAUAAAUAUAUGCCGUUAGAACGAUUUUAAUAUCGUAAAUAUAAUUUCAGAAAAAUGGAGAUAUCCUAUCUAGAUAUUCCUUUUAUAAAACAGGUUAGAAAGUCUCCAUCUCGAAGCCUUGAAGCUAAGAGGAAUGAGGCUACGAGGAAUAAGCCUUCGGGUGCAAUCGCUAAUAUUUUGAAGUAUCUGGUGUAGACUCUGUCUUUUGUUCUUCAGAUACUGUUUCCAGUCCGAAGAGGCCACUAGAGUCAAAUGUUUCUCCACACAAAACAUAAACAGCGAUUAUUUUUGUGGGUGUUUUAGGUCCAAACGCCAAACAGGUACGAUUGCAGUUAAAUCGAAAAAACUGAUAGCAGAUAUAUUUGAGUGAAUGUUUUCUUACGCCCUUAACACAGACUAUUGACCUGCGGGCAAACAAAGCCUGCUCUUAAGUGAUUGGUCAAACUAUACAGAAUUUGUAUAUUCACAUGAAGAAUGUGUUCAUAGAAGUUAGAUCGUACAAGGAUGGGGCUAAGGAACAAAUAAAUAAAAAGAAGGUCCACUUAAACCUAGUACAGCUGCUUCAGUCUGGUCAGUUUGCAGCUUAUAGCCUGGACUGUGCUAGAUUAGCUGAAACUCAACAUGCCGCCUCUUCGGCUCAUUUGGGACUCACACAGACCCACACAUGAAUUCAUUGUGUUUAAUACAUAUCAGCAGUGGCAACCAAUUCACAAUCAUACCUCUUAAGUCUGACAACAGGAGACAAGAAUAGGAAACUUAUCUCAGCCAAAGUUUUAUCUUCCUCCUUUCAUUCAUCUUAGAAUAUGUGAGCUAACCCAGACUUCGGUUUCACAGGGAACAUUGACAAUUAUUAUGGAAACACCAUAACGAUGAAAAUGAUCUAAAUGUUCUUAUUAUAUUUACGUGUCUCGUUAUUAUUAAAAGAUAAUCACAUAAGAAAAACUUUCUCUUACUAUUCAAGUGACUAAUGCACUUAAAAACACGACAGGGAACGGUGCUGCAUCUGUGGGCUCUGUGUUUUCAAUUCGAUGAAGCCGUGCUGGAGAGACGCGACGGAGCACAUGAGUAUCGUUGAAGCUUUCGUGAUGUCUGGAUCGCACAGGGCCGCUUCAGGCCGUGUGGUUGUUUUAAGAUGAACAUGUUUUUUUUGUUGUCUGUCUCAUGAGAAUGAUCAAUAUAUCUUUAACAUGUAACAGGUACAUUUGGAUGAAUAUAUACGGUACAUACUGCUAAAGGAUACUUGUAUAAAUAACAUUGUAUGAUAGAAACAGGAUAUAUUAUCAUAUCUAGUGUGUAGAUUCUUUUGUAAUUCUUAUCCUUGCACAAACAUUAACAAAACAAUAAAGAAAUGAAGCCUCACAGAA